CCCUAAAAGGAGCUUCAUCUUGGAGCAGCUUCGAAAAUUGACGAUCGACCCGACCAGUACCAGGACGUGGGUUCCGCAUAAUGCUUACGUGGAAUUCCUGCACACGCAGGGGAUAUUAUCCAAGACGAAGUCGUCAUGACGGCAUUCCGAGAUGCUAUUCAGGAUGAGGAGAAUGCUAUUCUCUUCAAAGGAGCCACUGUGCUCGAAGUGGGCUGCGGCAGUGCCAUUCUCUCCAUGUGGGUGGCCAAGCAAGGAGCCGCUCGCGUCUUUGCCGUGGACGCUGGCGAUGUGGCGCAGGCCGCGCGGCAGGUGGUGCGCGAAAAUCACCUCGAUCAUGUGAUUGAAGUUAUGCAGGCCAACACUGAGGAGCUGGAGCUGCCCCCAGUCGAUGUCAUAAUAUCCAAGUGGAUGGGGGCCUGUCUGCUGUAUAGCACCACCCUGGACCAAGUUCUAUAUCUUCUUUCCGGAGAGAGCCAAGCUCUAUCUCUCGAUCGCUGACGACAAGAACAGCCUAAAGCCAAAGUAUUUUUGGAAAAAAUUCGAGGGGAUGGAUAUGCAUCGGGCUGCUCUCGCCGUGGAGCGUACAGCGAAGGUGACCGAAGUGCUGCCCGAGCAGAUGAUUUCCAAUCCCGAAGAAAUUUGGCAAAUGGAUUUGCGCACGCUCAAGCGUGAGGAGGUGUGCUUUACGUCAAACUUCCGAAUUUUGUCGGAGCGAAGGGACAUUGCCGACCUGUUUGUCAUACAUUUCGACUUUGCCUUUCCUGCCGGUACCAAUGCGAUGACCGUCAACACCAGUCCAUGGCAUAUGACCACGCGAUGGAUGUAGACUGUCCUCCACGUCGACCAACAUCUGCCAGUAUACGCAGGCAAUCAUCUAUCUGGCACUAUCUCAAUGUGGCGUACGGCCAAGGAUCUGGACAUCGACAUUCA